AUGUGUGAUAAGAGCCAUCAUAAAGGGGUGAACAGGGGAGAGCAGAGGAGAGGGUGUGGGGAGGAGAGUAGAAGGGUGUGGGGAGAGGAGAGGGUGUGGGGAGAGGAGACACAGGGCAGCCAUCUGCACCUGCUUCCCUGGCCGGGAGGGAGGAAACAUCUGCUGGAGUGUGUCAGAGGCCACCUGUUGGACUGUGUCCUGGUCCUGGCAUGGGGAAACACUGCAGCCUUUAGCUGCUGGAGCUCUCCAGUCCACACUGCUGUAGGCUGGCUGGCUGGUUGGCUAACUGCCCAGAGCGCAGGCUGAGGAACAGAGUAGGACAGAGCUUCUUACUGUUACUGGAAGCCUGGUCCUGGUUCUAUCCAGUUACGGCUGAACCAUCCAAAACACAGUCAUCACUCAGCCUGCCUCAUUCCUCUGCUCCUCUCAGACGUGUUGUCUAAGGAGAGCUGUUGAAGCUUAAGGAGAUACAAAACUCCUCCCAUUUCCCUCAUACCCUGGAGAGGAACCUACCACCUAUUGGUCGGCACACAUCUCAUUCGUUUAUUGACUGUAAGUAUUGCAAGAAUGUGGUGUGUGACAACCAAGUUAUCUCUUCAGUUUUGUUGUAAAUGUAACCUAUUGUUUGUAUUUAUACAUUUGACAUUUUAGUCAUUUAGCAGACGCUCUUAUCCAGAGCGACUUACAGUUAGUGCAUACAUUGUUUUUUUAAUUUUCAUACUGGCCCCCCGUGGGAAUCGAACCCACAACCCUGGCGUUGCAAAUGCCAUGCUCUACCAACUGAGCUACCUCCCUGCCGGCCAUUCCCUCCCCUACCCUAGACGACUCUGGGCCAAUUGUGCGCCGCCCCAUUGGUCUCCCGGUUGCGGCCGGCUACAGCAGAGCCUGGAUUCGAACCAGGAUCUCUAGUGGCACAGCUAGCACUGCGAUGCAGUGCCUUAGACCACUGCGCCACACUGUAACUAAGUGUUUAAUUGACUGCUAAUUGAAUAGAAUUUGAUUAAGUAGAUUCCCCUUUAUCCAUGUACUCAUUCCUGUUAUUGACAUUGUUUCUGUUUCCUUUAGUAAAACCAUUGACAAAACUAUAUUUUAUCACCUGUCAGCUGUGACAUUUGAAGCCUUCAAACCUGUGCUAAAUAAAAGGUAAAAAGGCUACCAUUUCCUUGUACUCUUACGGCCAACCGGCUUCCCAAGUGGCCAAAGCAGCCUACCAAGAGGACUACCAAACGGCCUAACAUAUGGCCAACCAAAUGGCCUACCAAGUGGCCACUCCACCCUACCAAGCGGCCAUCCCGGCCUCAACCCAGGCCAUCCAGGCCCCAACACAGGCCUAACCAAGCAGCCAACCCUAACCCCCCCAACAAACCUGUUCUAAAUAAAAGGUCAAAGGGCUACCCUCUCCUUGUGUUCUUGUAAACAUACCCAUUGUGUUGCCUCCCACCCAUCCUAUCUAGUUUCUUUGAGAUAUUGUUCAUGUCUUUUCUCUUGACAACAUGUCAGUGGCAUAGUUAAUAUACAGUAUUUUGGCUUCAAACACAUAUCUUUGGUUCUAGUAUGAAUGGACAAAGUACAGCAGAGAACAAUCAUACAAAGAGCAUAUGAUUUCCCAGAAGUGAGAGAGAAAGAAGGAGGAAGCUAAAUCAUCUUACUUUGACACCUUUUAUUCAAGUCACUGCACAUCAAGAAUGCAUGCAGAGUAUGUGUGAAGGUGGGUAAAAACAUGACAUCAAUGCUCUUCCUGGCUAUUCUUUGCAAGCUUGAAAGAUUUAAUUAAGAGAUAACUGAGAAAUGUCCCUAAGGCACACAACAGAGUUCAUGGGUAUUUGAGGACAAUUGAAUGUGUGUGUGUGUGUGUGUGCGCAUGUGGGCUUUUCCUCUUGACUUAUAUUCAGGCUAAUUAGUAUGUCCUAAUAAUAAGGAAUAUUAAGUAAUUGUGGGUAUAGAGCCAUAGGGAAGUAGUUUGGGGGUGGGGGUGCUGCGUAUUAUAUAUAUAUAAAUAUUUUUGUAUUGUAUUUUCAGGGGGGAGUCCGGCUUUAAACUUACUCUUGAAAGUUGUAAUAGUAGAAUGCACAAGGUGCAAUUUCGAAAUUGGGAAGUGCAUCAUCCGUUCCUCUUGUCAUGUUAGUCAUUGCAUACCUUAGAGAGCUAUUUAUAACUGUCCAGAUCAACUAGCCCAUGUCAGCUAACAUUUUAAUGUUUAGGGUUUUUAGCCCAUAGAUAUUGUUGUAAGUUUUUUGUCACUCAAAUAUCAUAUGAAUACACAUUAGACAUGGCAAAAUAUAUAGAAUUGCAAGAAAAUUAGCUUUAAAAUGGCUAAAUGUUCUUUGCACCCCAUGACAAAACGUGUAGAAUUGCAGGAAAUAAGCUUUAAAUCUGCAAAAUUCUCUCCACCAACAAGAGCGGUGUGAACAGUUUGUCAUGAACAGUGCUUGUGUACAUAGAAAUAGACGUGGCGUGUGCGCGUGUAGGGGGGGGGGGGGGCUUGGGAUAUUCCCCAAUGCUGGAAGGAGGGCUGAGUUAAAACUUUUGGGAACCCCUGAGCUAAUACAGCACUAUUAAAGGCCCAGUGCACUACUUCUGUGAAAAAAUUAUUGUUUCAUUUAUUUAUUUAUGUAUUUUUUAUUAAUAUAUUUUUUUAUUCUGAUUUUUCAGGGGAUGCUGCAGCUCCCUCAGCACCCCUACUUCCCGCGGCUAUGUACAGAGCUGAACCCAGGGGUCCUGCAACAUAAACAGUAGAGGGUGCUGAUAGACACUGUUUCUCUACUUAUGUGUAAGACUAACUGGCUACUCAGGUGUCCUGUACCUGCAUCUUAGACCACUCUCCACGUACUCUGGACAGCAAUGUCUUGUAAUUAUUAAUAUUGAUAAUUGAUUCAAGCCACUUAUAUAAUGUCAGACUAUUUUUGCAACAACCAACCAUUGCACUGUAACUUUGACUUUAUUCUGUAGCAACAUAAGCAAGCAUCGUUUGUAAAUAGAAAUAGUCCGGUAUAAAAACUGUAGCCUGACCUUGAAAAGGAAAAUUAUUAAAAUAUAUGUGAAGAUAAACGAUGUUUUCUGAUCAUAACCUUAUCAAACUCGGGCAUCAUUUGUAUGACACUCUGCCCCCGCCUCUAUGGUUGUCUCGUGGCGGUUCCUCAACAACUGUUUGAACCAAGACUGUGAAUGGCUUGUUUAGCUGUCAAUCAAAGAGUCAUCACCGGGCUUGGCUUCAGCCUUCAAACCGAUCGCUUGCCUUGCUGUUGAGUGAUUCGAACGGUGGGGGAAAGUCGUGUGUCUGGACCAGCAGUACGCUGCCUUGGGUGUCCCUAGUACGCAUCUUAUGUUACUCUUCAUUCGGAGAUAUAGUAGGGAAUAGAUCACGCUUUCACAUCGUGCAUGCUAGGAGAAAACGAUACAUCGCCGUUCAACGGCAGUUUCUGUGAAAUAAAUACAUUUUUCCUAAUGGUAGCCUACACUAAUCAAACGGAGACAUGUGGAAUUGUAUGGGGAUUUCGAAUUGCCUGUCAGUAGUGUGUCUUCUUCUGACCGUGUGGACUGAGGUGAGAACUUUUUUUAUUUUAAUAUUGUCAGAUCAAAUUAAUUGAUCGGCAGUUGGGCGAGUGGCUCAUGCAGACGAGGUCUUAUUCAUUUUGUAAAUUCAAUUUUUUAGAAUUCCACUUCUAAUUAAAUUACGUCGUCGACAGUUAAAUCAUGUGAUCUUGGAAUUUCUAGUUUGGAGCGUCGUUAUGGAUGAAUUCGUUUUGCAUUCUUCUUGCACUGAGUCAUUGCAAUCAGCGCAAUGUAUCGACAGUGUUCAUACCUGGGUUAUAAUUUAUAAUAUAGGUAUUAUCAAUCAGCUUUCAUGGGUAAAAAUUAGAUAUUUUAAAAAACAUACAUUUCUUGUAUAAAGCAACGUUAAUAAUAUUAAAUAAUUAUAAAUUAAAAACACAAAUCUCCCAAAACCUCUCCACUUACUAGAAAUGUGCAAGUGGAUCUAAAACCACUUUGUUGAUAGCCUACUCAGCCUGAAACAACUAAACAUUUUGAAAAAAUGUAAUGUUCAAGUGUGCAACAUGCUUAAUCUACUGCGCUUCAUGUAUUUAUUUUCUAUUCAAAUGUUAUUAAUAGGUGUCCCAGUCCUCAGGCUAUUUUGAGCUGCAGCUGAUUGCGGUACAGAACGCAAAUGGUGAGUUGUCGGACGGGGACUGCUGCGACGGCGAAAGGAACACGCAGGAUCUCCGAUGUAGCAGCGAUGAGUGUGAUACGUACUUCAGAGUGUGUCUAAAGGAAUACCAAACGGAGGUCACGACCACGGGAUUGUGCAUCUAUGGAACUGGAUCUACUAACGUUAUCGGCGGAAAUAGUUUUCAAUUUAAGAGCGCCAAAAACAAUCAAAACCGAAUCAACGAUGGUGGAAAGAUCGUCAUCCCAUUCCAGUUCGCUUGGCCGGUAAGUUGACGAUACUUCAUUAUUACAGCUGUUGAUCCACUGCAUAAGGCCUGCUAUUAUUCAUUGACUCAUUAAUAGUCAAAUAUAGUCACUAGUCGAGUCCUAACCGGAUGAGGCUGUGAGCUUGGCAUCUUUAUUGCCAGUGUCCACUUGGCCACUUUGGAGACCACCUCUACGUGUAAGAAUUGUCUGUGCGUAAUAAGGUGGUAAAUGUUUUUAUCAUGUACAAAGUAAUGGUAGGAAUGGCCUGCACAUCAUGUCUAAUGUCAUUGUUAGAGCUCAGUUGGUAUUCGGCCUAGUGCAUUCCAGAUAAUCGCACAUGAUGCGCAUAAACCGGUGUUUAUUUUACGCAGCACGAAUGUCAAGAACACAUACACAUUUUACUCGUAGCAAAUUACAUGUAUUAACUUUGGUUUUGCUUUGGUUCUGUAAGUCAAUGGAUACACGCCUUUCUCCUAAGGUCUGAAAAUCGAAAUUGCCGACACAGUACAAUUGCGCGCAGGGUGGUUGCAAUCAUUCAUUGGUGCAUCAUCACAGUAACCUAGUAAUAAAUAAUAUGCAAUCAUAUUUUUGGCUGGUUCUACCCAACAGAGAUGGGCCUACAGUCCAGCACAUAGACAUGGAAACUCGCAAUGCAUCAAAGUGAUGUUGAACAAAUACCUCUCUUCAUAAACAAAAUGACUUGGCUCAUUUUGGAAAUGUGAGGAUUGUUGUAUGGUUGGUUGGCUGUGUGACCUAUCCAUUCAUCAGUCCUCAUGGUCAGCUGUCAGCGGGAGGGAAAGAUGGAAGUUGUAACCUGGGGCCCUUGGCAGAUACAAUUACCACUAAGUUGUGUGUGACAUAGGGAGUGGAUAUCAGUGUCACCACUACUCAAACAAGCGAAAAUCCCAGAAGAUCCCUAUCCAUCUGAGCUAGGGGAUGCCUUUACUUCUGGCCUCUCAGGUUCACUGGUCUGUCCAUUAUUGGGUCAUUGUCUCUCUAUUCAGCGGGUCAGUAUUAUUCUCUAUGUAUACAGAACAAAAGAGAAGAUUGUGGAGCUGAGAGAACCCUUUUAAGUUUUCCAUUGUUGUGAUUGGCCAGUCAAGGGUAUAUUAGUGGAUGUGCUCUUCAAUGUUCAGACAUUGGUCUCAAAAUAGUUUUAAAAGUCCAGAAGAAGGUAAUGUUCUCUCCCAUUAACUACUGUAACUGUUGGUUUAGUGUAGCAGCAUGUCAUAACCAUUCAAGUGUUGUGUACUUUUAGUGUUGGUCCUGAAACCACCAGGGUGUGCUGAGCUGGCCAGGUAGUAUUUCCUGUGUGGAUGAGGAGGUGACUUUGGUUACUGCAGAGUGGGGGUGUUUUGAGACCACCAGUAGGGCACCAGCAGUAGCCUCACACUCCCAACACUACAUGACAGCUGCAUUUGGUUUGAUGCUUGCUGUCAGAUGUUUGGAGACCCCUAAUAGUUUGUGUGUCCCCCCUCUUUCCACAUUUAUUUUUACACAAACAAUAAUAGCUUCCCAGUUUACUUUCAAAGCAAAUGACAGACAUUUGUAGUAAACAGCAUGUACAGCAUACUGGAAGGCCUAUUUUGUUGACUGAUAACCCUAAUAGAGUUCAUAUUAUCAAGGCAUGCCCUGUAGACUAUGAUGGCAUCACCGGUUGGUCAGAAUAUCUAGGCCACUAGCUCCUGACAUGAAUUAAAGAGAAAAAAGCUUUUGUUCUGUCACUCAAUGAUCAUUUCUUCUUCAUGAUUAACCCCUCAGGCUGUUUGGGUCUUUAGUGACAUAUUUCUCAUGAAAUGGAGUGAGGGAGAGAUGGAUGCUUGUAAAGAGAGAGGCUGCCUCUUCUCUUCCCUCUGUGAGGAUUCUGUCACAAGGGAGAUAUAUUUUUAGGAGCCAUCCGGCUCUUCAGAGUCACUUAAGACUCAAUGUUUGACUCCAGGAGAAAAACACCCAUUUAAUUUAAUUUGUUCCCUGCUCCUCCUUAUUCUCCGAUGUGUGUUAUAUUGAGAGGCAAUCUGUCCUCCCAUCACCCCUAUGGGAGUAAAUCAAAUGGAUGAGGGGCUGUUACUCUCCCCAUCUAUCCCUAGCCAUAUUUCUUAUUUCACUGUGAGACUCUGUCAGCUUUGAUCAGGCUGUGCUUGGGUGCUCCAGAGGUAGAACUUCAGCUUGGCCACAAGGAUGACCUUUUCCUUUUUGUCUUGUUAACUAUCAUGUCGUAAAGUGGUGCAUAACUCAUGCGUAAUAACAUGACACUGAUGAUUGGAAAUAUCACUGAACUCAAAGUGAGAGACCCUUGUUUGGCGAGGAUGAUGAUACAUAGGUGCAUAAGCUUAACGUCUCUGGUUUCUUGGUACUGGUGCUGAUGCUUAGCAUGUUAUUACACAGCCAGUUAGUUUCAUUUCCACUUGCCUCCAGUACCUGUUCACAUGGUUGGUGGAGUUCAGCUGGAGCCAGCCAGCCCACCAGGCCAGGAGGACUACAGCAAAGCCCCCAUCCCUCCCUCCCUCCCUCUGCUGCUUUGUGUUCAGGGCUAAUUAAAUCCUAGACUUUAUGGAUAUCAUUAACUGAGACCUCCCUCUACACACUGCAGCUCUCUCUCCCAAUACCUGACAUCAGCAGCUGCCCACUGUAAUAUCAUUGUAUGGCUUUUUUUAUGCAUCUCUGUCUUAUACUUUGGUGGUCAAAUAUGAUGAUAAUUUGUUUUCAGGUUGUAUUUGUGAUUGUUAAAUGGUUAGGAACUCAGGAAGGCUGUUGUAACACUGCUCUCUCCUCUGGGGUGAAGCGGGUGAGGGUUCAUCCACAUCAGGAUUUCUCAACGAUUACAACAUCUAGAGCCUGUGUCUCAGUUAGUAGCCUUGUUACUCAACCCUUGUUGUUGUUGUAGGGAAGUGAGGGAACCCCGGUACAUUCUGGAUUUCACUCCAAUUUAACAUCCAACAGUCGUCAUCAGGCCGUUUGUGUGUGUGUGCGCUAAUUGCGUGAGAGCCUCACAAUUUGCCAAUCCAGCGUACAUUAAUAAAUGUUCAGUCUUAUCAUUGACAUGCAAGAAUAGGCCUACAUGCAGUGAUUCCCAGUGAUCAGGGUCUUAAACUCAUGCUCUGCUGAGUUUGCUCUGCUGUGCUGAAUAAGUGGGGUUUUCCCAACACAAAAUAUCAGUUUUCUGAGCCCUUGGAGAAAAGGAGGCUUCCCCUUUGUCACUGAGCCUUUCAGGCCAAACAAUGAGUUUAUUCCUCUGCUUUUGUUUGCAUGUAUUGUGUUAUUUAUAAAAACAAGUGGAGAGAUGGAGAAAGACAGAGAGAGAGAGAGAGAGGAUGGGAAAAUGUCAGGAGUGGAUUGGAGAGCGUUUACAUAAGGCCUCUCUUGUGUUGCACUCCGAAGUAGGCCUGUGACAUAUCUUGUGUUCAACGCCUCACGCUGGUGUUGGGUUUCCUUUUUGAAGUGAGAGGCUGUUGGCAAUGGACGCUGACUUAUUCCUGGAUUGGUGACCAUUACAAGGUCCUGGGGAAACUAAAGACAAUGCUGUUCUGUGGAGAGGGACAGCAGUUCUAAUACAGGUAGUGUGUGUCACAGAGAUUGAGGGUAUGUCAGGCUUAGUCUUUAUCAGGAUAUUAUCAUGGGCACUCGCUACUUGGUUCAUAGACUGUAUGUGGAGUUUGAGCAUGCUGCCAUUCUCCAGAAGUUCUCAUUGCUUGUCAUCUUGGUGUCAGAAUAAUCUGAAAUGUUAGAUUGAAAAGAGAUGUGUGUUAAUCACUUGAGGAUAACAAAAAUAAGUUACAUUAAAAAAAUGUUUUUCCUGUUAAUGUUAAUAAAUUGUGAAAGUUAACCUAAGACCUACUGUACAAUGUGGAAAGCUCUUUUCUAAUGUGGCCGAAGAAGACCCUGUGAAAUAGAGUUUCAACAGCUUGGCUGGGAACAAUGAACUGGCUCAUUUUGGUCUUCAAUGGACACCCAGCAAUAAAAGGCUUGAUUAGAUUUGUUUUGAUUUGCGGAAUGAGUAGCCUGUGUAUGAGUAUCCUGUGGAGGCUGUUGGUUAGGAGAGGCCUUCCUUAGAGCAGGGCUUUUCUGUUAAUAAUGUGCUAAAUAAGACAGCCUCACUGUACCCUACUGGGUCCUACAUGUUUUAUUCAUUUCAAUAUCUUAACAGGUGUGAGAUGACAGGUGUUGCUGUUUUUCCCCCUCUCAUCUCAAUUCUACUAAAGUCGUUAAUUGGGUGUUAAAAUGAUGUUGGGCAUACUUUCUGUGAAACCAUAUUGCUAUUAGUGUUAAAAGAUAAUGUUGAGUUGAGUCAUUUUGAUGUAGAAGACCCCUAGUUAAAGCAGCACCUGUGUGUUUGCAGUGUGUUAGGACACAGGCGAUUGAAGGGGGACAGUCAUUUAUUCAUUGAACACGUGAAGGCAGUGAGGAGUGGGCUAAUGAAAACUCAAAUCCCUCUGACUCUUAUAAAUUGGCUGGGAGGUGUCAAGUAUCUAGUGCUACGUCUGCUGCCCCUGCCUGGUCCAUCAGGUUACACUACAGACACCCCACAGCCCCACCCUCUGCUCCAGCCUCUCCCAGCCUCCAGCCUCUCCUCAAGGACACAUACACACAGGGAGCCCAUCAAUUCUGUCUGGAAGUCAGUCAUUGUGACAUUUCAGAUUGAUUAAAGGAAGAUUGAUUAAGAUAUUACACUGUUAUUAUCCCUUAUUAUCAUCCCUUCUCCAGCCUCAUAAAUCAUAGCCAGUCAUAUUUGACUGACAGGGGAAGGAAGAGAAUGGGAGGCGGUAGUCUGAUUUGUCACUCACAGCCAAACCUUGUUUUCCUGCCAGAGUUAUUGGAGCCUGGCCGGGCCAGUAGAAGUGGGGAGGCUGGGGAGGCAGGGCUGGGGAGGCAGGGGAGGCUGGGCAGGCUGGGGAGGCAGGGGAGGACAGCAGAGGGGCACGGAGGCAGCCUCUCUUUGUGUCACACCCUCCAUUGUGUGAUUUCAUUUAGCUCUGAUGGUGGUAGAUGGAGUAUUAUGAUGUAUUGUAGACUGAGUAAUACAUCACCGACUAUGGUGAUGGGCGGUUGUAGGUGGCUCAGGUCUUGACCUUUGUGUACUCUGUGGCAGUGUGAAAGACACAUGCCUGUGGUCAGAAUGUGCCUCCUCAUCCUCUCUUUAUGAUGAAGGGGGACUGUGUCAUAAGUCACUUCUGGGGGGGCGGGAGAUCAAGGACUGGAACGAGACUCCUCUGCCUUCCACAUACUCAGCAGUUUAACAUUCUUAGAAUCCAAAUUACAGAAAUGUUUUGCUCCUUUUUCACCUGUUUGAAUGUUCUCAUUUUAAGUCAAUGGAGAUUUUUGGUGAGCUUAGGUCAGCUUUGUUUCGCUAGGUGUGGGUGUGCUAGGUGUUUUUUAGGUUGACCUCAUAAAAGGUUUCUCUGUAAAAUGACAGACCAAAGUCUACAACUCCCCUCCCGUCUAAUCUGACCAGUGUAUAAUCUACCUUUCCAACCUGGACCUGGGGCAUGGGAACUCACAUCUGCUGGACUGGCCCCUGACACUUGACAGAAAGCCAACUCCUUUCUGGCUUUGGUGUACUGAUACCCAAAUAACUCCCCAGGAGUUUCAGUUGAAGAAAGCCUGCUGCUGUUAGAUUUUGUAUUGUGUCAGUAUGUGUGUACCUUUCAAGGAAAUGAUAUCACUGUACAAUAAGUACAUCAGCGAGUCUUGAGCUAACAGCCUAAUCACCUGUGUUGUAUUGGAAUGUGUUCGGUGCCAGUCGGUGGUUCAAAGUAGAUGUUUAUCCCCACAGUAGUUGCACUUGUUAACUACCCUCAGGCUGAUAUCCAGCUAAUCAGUGACAUCAGUGUGGGAACCAGAGUUAUUUUCCCACCAGCAGCAUCCACAUUUACUCACAAACUGUGUGUCAUCAUCAUCAUCAUCAUCAUCAUCAUGUGUUCCUUAUGUAAUGCAUUCCACAUUCUGUAGGAAUUUGCAUGUGUCCGUGACUGUGUCUGUCUGUGUGUCUGUCUGUGUCAGUGUGUGGGGAGUAUGAACUCUAAUAACCCCCUGAUGAUCCCCUGUGUGUCUCUCUUCCAGGGGGCGUACACUCUGAUCGUGGAAGCGUGGGACUGGGACAAUGGUACACAUAGCAGCAGUGGUAAGUACAGUACACUUCAGCUUUCCAGGUAUUUACUACGACAUGAAAGGAGAGCCGGCCAGGCCUCAGUGUCUCCCAUGAAAAUAUGUCGUUAGGGGUGAGGGACGUAUUUAGAAGUGACAGAAGGGUUCUACACUAACUUUUUCCACUGGUGGCACUGGUUUUCCACUGGUGGCACCAGCACAUGAUUUGGUGGCACCAACUAUUUAUAUAUGUUUUUUUUACAUAUACCUGGUCUGUGUUCCAUAAUGUGCCUGCAUUUCAAACAGAACCAGGCUAAUAAUGACUAGCCAUCUUUUAAAUUAGCACCCGAUGAAGUCUGUCCAUGUGGUAGCUAAGUCAGUCUCGCCAUUUCCAAUGUUGUUUUAAAAUGAGAAAGCGACCUAAAACCGUGUUCCCUUUGUAAUGGAACACUUUGUAUGGAAAACCAAGUUGAAGCCAACAUUCGAUGUUGUCUUACUCAUAAUAACUGCACAUAGUUUUACCGAAACAAGCGCAACCAUCAAACUAGCUCAACACCCUUCAAUUGAAACAUUGGGAAACAAACGAAAGCUCUUACAUCUCUCAUAAAAACUGAUCAGAAAUGAAAUCACGGAAUAAUUAUAUUGGAGCAGUAGAAUUUCAAAAUCGGCUACCAUAACUUCAAUGACUUUUCAAGGACCAAAGAGAGGCGAGAUCAAUGGCUGACGUAACCUGACAAGGGCUUUGUGUUUUUCCCCCCGGUAAACAUGCGAUACACACCAAUCCAAGAUUCUGUAACACACUCCUGUUUUCAGUGCUGCAUAACUUAGCCUUGAGAGUCAGCUCUAGAUAUUCACAGGAACAAUGCAUCUUCACACAAAGAAGCUUCAUAGCAGCACAAGAGGAAGAAAAGUCCCCAAUGCAAAGCCCUGGCUCUAGAUUAAAAUGGACUGUCAAUUUGAGCUGCCAUAGACCAACCACAGCAAACAGACCCAUACAACAACCAGCUCACCUCUCUGUCUCAGUGUUUGACCCCUCAACAUGCAUGUGCACUAUGUCAGGUCAGUCUGUCAGCUGUCAUCCCUCCACUUUCAACUCAGCUCACUUUUAGUGGUGGUAAGUGAGCACAUCAAACCUUUGUCCCUAUACGUCACAAGGAUUUAUAACACAUGUUUAAUCUGUUGAUCUACACAGUCAUUGUCUGAGAUGCUGUGCAUUCCUAUGCUGCAGGCUGGCCAUUCAUAUUGCCAGGCAAGUUCCCGCCCUGCUGGCCUAAGGGACGGACUCACUGGGAGACUGUUUAUGCUUCAUGUCCAUGUCUCUCUAUAAAACCUGUGAGCACAUCAUCUCGUUAAGCCAUUCAUUAUGGACCACAACUUUUUUCUUUCCACUGAUGUCUGUCUGCUAAUUACCGUCCCAGCAGCUGCUGUGCUACUGCACGCCACUUCAUUAUCGCAGCCUGGACACUGACAGGCAGCCUUGACACUCUGACAGUCCUACUGCUGCUAAAUUAGCCUGGACACUGACAGGCAGCCUGUUACAGGGACUAGAGGUCUUCAAGGGUCCAAAAAGUUGGACCCGUUCUGAAAGGGAUCCGUGGCUUUCCCACCCGACCCAAUAUGCAUAAAUAAUAUUUUUUUAAACGGAGACCCGUUCCGGACCCACGGACAGUCAGACCUGUUCUGAAAAGCCCUGUGGAAAAGCAGACCCAAACAGACCAGUGCUGGUUCGGAUCCGAGAGACCCGUUCAGAUCUGAGAGUAGAGAGAGAGAAAGAAACCCCCGACUCGGCGCUGCCAGUGGCAUCAAUAAACGAGUGAUAUUGGCCAAAUGAUCCACAAUUACUUACGUGUCCUUAAAAACUGCCUAUAACAAAUGACCAAAAAAAACGAUUAAUUGUGUUUCGAUGUGUAGCAUAUUAAAAACUGUAUAGCCUAUUGUUUGAUUGAUUUUUAAUUUCCUAAACAAGAAUUGUCCACCUCACGGAUCAGCUGUCAGAGAUUUGAGCACUAAAUGCAUAAAGGCCUAUAGGCCUAGGCCUAUGAUAUGAAUAUUAAAAAAAUAAAUAUAAAGGAAGAGAAGCUUAGGCCUAGCGAGACUGGAGAGACUGAGAGAAAGAUAGAGAUAUAACGGCGCCAUGUUCCUGACACCAACAUGCAUUCUUUAUCCUUUUCAGAUAGGCUACUAUCAUACAGAAGGAGGCUAAUUCAUACAUUUUCUAUCAGAAUAUUGUUUAUAAAGAUAAGCAUUAUAUUGUUAAACUAAAGGAGUAACUCUGGUAGGCCUAAAACAUUAUUCCUCACCAAGUUAAACUGUCGUAGAGAGUUGGAGCGCCGGUGCGCACUGCCUUCAUAGGCCUGCAGUAGCUAAGACUAAUAAUAGCCAUACCAACCUUCACAAAAGUUUCGUAACUUUAUUAGGGUAAUAUCAAAAGUAAGUCAAGUCAUUGUUUAUCGGGAAAAUAUGAGCAGGUUAUUGUAUUGCGGUGUUAAAUUUAGUUUUGCAUCUUGCCUUCUUUUUCCUUUCCAUGGUUAGAGUGCGAGGAGCCCUAUAUAGGCCUACCAGUAGUUCUAUUAUAUUGCGGCAAACACAACAUUACAGUAGGAACUUAAUUUGGCCAAUGAAAAUGGCUUAACAGAAUUAAACAAAACACUUGCUGCAUAUUUAAACUGACCUUGUUUAAACUUUCACAAAAGUUUUGAAGUUUUGAACAGGCUAUUGCAGGAAUUGCCAACAAAGGCGAGCUCCUACCGUAUGCCUACCCAACAAAUGACAGCAAUAGGCUAAUGAUAUUUAUUUUACAACAGGCCUACUUUUAACCUAUCUUAAACUAAAUAUAGAGCACAAAAUUAAAAAGACAGUUCGAACUUAAUUUAGCCAACGAAAUGAAACAAAACACUUUUUGCAUAUUCAAAGAACUGGUUUAGAUUCUUAAAUAGGCCUACAAUAAUAAUAAUGAUAUACAAUAAUAAUAAUAAUGAUAAAACAAAUUAGAAUAAAUACGAAAAUAAAUAACUAAAGUUAGAAAAUUGCAUCAAACCUGAAUAGUGAGUUGCACACAGUCCAUUUGGCCGCGCGCCAACCUUCUUCUCAUCUUUGUCCACCCACGGAGGACAUUCCCCUUGUCGGCUUCUUUUCACUGUACACUUUCUCCUCUAACGCUUGUGUUACUUCAAUGAAAAAGGCCUCUAUCUUCGCAAUCAACAGUAGCCAAGGCCAAGGCUCCUUUCACUCACUCUCGCUCACUCUCCUCAGCAGCAGGCGCAUGUGAGGUGAGUGGCCGGAACCAGUUUCAGCGGGACAUAAGCUAAACAUUUUAUUGAGUUGCAAUUGGCUGACACAGAAAACAAGCUUGCAACGUUCUCAUCACCUCACACAUUAAAUUAACAGAGGACGGGUCUAGUCGGUAAAUCAAUUUUAAUUGCACAUACCGAGACCCUUAGCAAUUAUAUGAGACCCAGCCCAAAUCCGAGACAAAAGUCAGAAUUAGGACCCGGACCCAGACCCGCUCAGAUCCCUGGUUGGAUCUUGGAAUUUUGGGUCUGUUGGACCCAUAAAGACCUCUACUCUGGACUGCUGCUGAGCCUGGAAACACUGAUAAGACAGGCAGCCUGGACUGCUGCUGAUGUAGUCCGCAGCGUGGCUGUGAACUGUAUUGGUUUGAGAGCACUGUAUUGGUUUGUAACAACUUCUAUUUUUUAAGCCUGGGCAGUGAGCAGUGGGUUGGAUAGGGCAGUGGGUUGGAUAGGGCAGUGGGCUGAAUAGGGCAGUGGGUUGGAUAGGACAGUGGGCUGAAUAGGGCAGUGGGGCCAGUGGGUUGGGUAGGGCAGUGGGCUGAAUAGGGCAGUAGGGCCAGUGGGUUGGAUAGGGCAGUGGGCUGAAUAGGGCAGUGGGUUGGAUAGGGCACUGGGUUGGAUAGGGCACUGGGUUGGAUAGGGCAGUGAUCUGAAUAGGGUAGUGGGGGCAGUGGGUUGGAUAGGGCUCAGGAAAAAUAGUCUAUGUUAGGGCUGUUUAUCCUCCAGGAAGCCCCAGCGACUGGCUCUGUGUUUAAACACUAAACAGACAGGCUGCACCAUUGUUUCUUUAUUAGGUGGUGGCAUGGCUAUUAGUGUUAGUGUUUCUUAACACACAGUUUAACAUCAUCAGAGAACAAUAGAGGGGAUGGAUAAAUCGAAUAUGGUCAGUUGGCUGCUAUCAGGAGUACCGGUAAAAUACUUUUAGAAAAGGUUGUCUUGAGGAGUAUCUUGUUAAUCAGUUAAUGAGUGAGCUAAUGUUACUUGACUACUAACGUUGUGUCCAUAUCUAAGUUUAGCAUGCUGAAAACAGCCUGACAACAGACAUUGGCUUACGACAACCAUGCCACUAGUCACGCACGACUAAAUUAUCUUGGCUGUUUGAAAACAGACAAUUAUGUCGCUCUUGACUUGGUCAAAUGCUCGUUGUUGAAGCCCCCUCAUUGUUUGUGUAAGCCUGUGUUGUAGUCACCACACACACCCCUCCGCCUGCUCUCCCUAGUAACAGCGGCCUCUCUCUGAGUGUCUCCUUCACCGCUGAGAGAGCCCAUGAUUGGUCUGUAUUUUUAUAUCUAAUUGCUGGAAAUGAGCAGAGUGAGUGCUUGAGUUUUCAGGUGGCAGAGAGGGACUGAUAAUCUGUGCCAGUGUGUUAACUCGCAGUAAAAUUUAGAAAAUCAGGACAGCAAGUGAAUAUUUUACCAGUUUUCAGUGUUUUUUAACUUCUUUAUCAAGAGCAAACUUUGGAAGUAAGCGCGGCUGCCUGGACUUUGUAGUAAGUAAGAUAGAAAGAGAUAAUAAAAUAGUAAUAUCUGCAUAACUGAAGGUAGGCUAUACAGAAUCCAUCUAAUGACGAGGCCUAGAAUUCCUUAGAGUCCUGACUACCUGUCCAAUAUCAGCCCACCAUCCAACUAGGGGAGAGGACCUGUUGUUUGGCCCCUCUUCAGUGCCCAGUCCUGGGCUGUGGAUGUGGCUGCAGCAGCCAAGCCAGUUGGAUCAUGGUGUUUCUGUUCCUUGAGAAAAAGCUAAAGGCCCUUUCCUAUGUCGCCCUUCCUCGUCUGUUCCCGUCUCGUAUUAUUUCCUCCCUGGCUCCGAAGGAGUCAGAGCUGGAUUUCCUGAGAAAGGGGAGAGAGGGACAAAACGCAUUUCACAAGCAGGAAAACUUAAAAAAGCAUUUGGUUAUCAAGCUCCUGCAGCCCUGGCCCUACACCCUCUAUUUGGGUUUAUUUUCCUUCUUCGUUUUUCUGUCAUGCUCUUGAAAACAGAGGUGGUGUUUGACCUUGCGUCACCCUCACUGAUCUCCAGCAGCAGAUAAACAACAGUGUUCUGUCAGAUGAGUUUCUCUCCUGCUUCUAGACACUACUAGGACUUGUACUGAGGCAUACGGGUUCUAACAUUGAAUAAGGGGCUAGCCGGAAUCCCCCUUUUGACUAUUAAGUUGUAUGCAUGUUGUCAAGUGUCCAUUAAAGAAUGAUGAUCAAAUCUCUUGGUUUUUGUUUGUUCAUGCAGGUGAGGAUCUGUUGAUUGAGCGAAGUGUCCGUAAAGGAAUGAUCAACCCUGGAGAUGACAGACAGACUAUCCAACACAACGGUCCUACAGCCAACUUUGAGUACAGCAUCCGCAUGCGCUGUGACGAGAACUACUAUGGCAGCAAGUGCAACAAGCAGUGCCGGCCACGCGAUGACGGGCAUGGCCACUACGUGUGUGACCAGUUUGGGAAUAGAGGAUGUAUGGAGGGCUGGAUGGGGACCUACUGUACAACUGGUGAGUAGGGGAGCAGCCUACACAGUGAAACUAAUCCUUAGAUAUCCCUCUAAUGAUAUUAGGAAUAAAUGUGUGAAUCCUUUUGUCAAUGUUUCACAGCUAUCUGCAAGCAGGGCUGCAACCUGCUGCAAGGGUCCUGCAGUGCCCCAGGAGAAUGCACGUGAGUCUGGGUUAACCUCUUAAGGAUCUGACCCUUUUUUUCAAUUUUCGCCUAAAAUGACAUACCCAAAUCUUACUCAGGACCUGAAGCAAGGAUAUGCAUAUUCUUCAUACCAUUUGAAAGGAAACACGUUGAAGUUUGUGGAAAUGUGAAAUUAAUAUAGGAGAAUAUAACACAUUAGAUCUGGUAAAAGCUUAUCAUUAGCUUAUACACUAACUUUCACACAUCUAGAUGGCCUGGCGGGGUGGGUGUGGAGCCAGAGACAGCAGGGGUUCAAACUGUAGAACCCAGUUCCUACAUUUGAAUAUAAAAAUUGAUUUUAUCAAACAAAACUAUGCUACAUUUUAUCUCUGGGACCCUCAGGAUGACAAAUCAGAGCAAGAUUACUGAAUGGAAGUACAUUAUUUACCUUCAGAGGUGAAUGUAUUAAACCAGUUGCCGUGAUAAGUUAUUUGUUGUUGUGCACUCUCCUCAAACAAUAGCAUGGUAUUUUUUCACUGUAAUAGCUACUGUAAAUUGGACAGUGCAGUUAGAUUAACAAUAAUUUAAGCUUUCUGCCCAUAUAAAACAUGUCUAUGUCCUGGAAAGUUUGCUGUUACUUACAACAGUCAUGCUAAUCACAUUAGCACACGUUACCUCAACCGUCCCGUAUACGUAUACGUGACACCGAUCCCGUAGAGGUUAACUUGAUUCUUUGUACCACUGUGUCCAUUGACAUCCCUUUGACAGAGAUUUGUGUCUGGAUGUAUGGGCUGGAUAAUGGGCUGGAUAAUGGGUAGGAGCUCUUUUUGAGUUCAAUGAGGAUGAUAAUGAUGACACAGGAUUGAUCGCAUACCAGAGCUUGACCCCCACAUUCCCCCCCCCCCCCCCUCCCCGUCCCACCUCUCUAUGGAACGUAGAGUGUGUUAUCCCCCCCUCCAGUCUGAUCCAGGACCUAUUGUUCUCCUUCCUGUCCCAGACCUGGCCUGUAGCUGUAGCAGCAGCCUGUUUUUCACACAGCGUUUCCUCCCCUCCUCCAUCGGUGUUUCAGGGCCCCUACUGCCCAUGUUUGCAGCCCCAAUCCCCUCUUCCUAUCCUGGGCCUGUUUUGGCUGGCACACCCCUCAUGGGAGUGUGGACUCCAUCCAGCAGCCUUAGUCACGUACAUGUUUGUCUGCACGGCUGAACCAACUAAGUAUUCCAUGUCAAAUUAUCUUGGAAGACCACCUUCUUGUGUAUCUCUCUGAUGUGGAUACUGUACCACACCUAUGGAUCUGUUCAAUAGGGAUAGCCGUGAGUAAGAGACGGGUUGGAUUUAGUUCUCAUCUCAUAAAAGAAAGCAUUUUUCAUUGAAAAUGGCUGGAGGAGUGGAACAAAGAUUUUUACAGUGGCUAAGCUAAGAGCCCUCCAUUGAUGGGUCUGUGGGCGGCAGGUAGCUUAGUGGUUAAGAGCAUUGUGCCAGUAACCGAAAGGUCGCUGGUUCUAAUCCCCGAGCCGACUAGGUGAAAAAUCUGUCAAUGUGCCCUUGAGCAAGGCACUUAACCCUAAUUGCUCAUGUAAGUCGCUCUGGAUAAGAGCGUCUGCUAAAUGACUAAAAUGUAAAAUGGUAAGGUCGUUGUUUGGUAAUGGCAAUGCCACCCUAGCCUUGUGGCCACCAUGGUCUCUCCCUGCUCCCACUGUGGCCAGGGCCUCUCAAUGCAACAUAUGGAUCCGGUCCCAUUCAAUCCGGCCGGAAUUAUUAUUUUGGGAGAAAAAAAUACUCCAGGCUACUCUUGAAUGUCUAAAACUAUGUAGAAAUUAUAAUAUUAUAAUGGACCUAUACGUUUUCAAUUAACUGCCCUUUUUCUGGCCUGCAAAUUGCUUUUGAUGAAUAAAUCGGUCAGGAAAAAUUCUGUGCGGCCCUCCACUGAAUUUUGAAAUCCCGAUCUGGCCCUCGAGCUACUGUAUACACUAAACCUCAGCACACUAACAUACAGUUUGGUAUAUAGUACCACACCACUGCAUAUUUCAGUACUUUUACACUUGUACAGUAGUAGAGUACAACACAAAGUAGUACUGCACCACGUGUUGUGUGACUGCAGUGCCGUAUACUACAGAACAUGUUAGCACACAGCACCCAGCAGUACAUUCACUCCAGUACAGUAUAUCAACUAGUAGUGUAGGGUUUGGUUGGUGUCCAUUUGCAGGAGAGUGGUCUUAAAAUAGCCCAAGGAGAGAAGUGACAGGACAGGUGGGGCAAGGUUACCGCUGGCCUUGGAAUAACAGAGUGCUGCCAUAAACCAACAGAUUAGCUAACCCUUCACCAAGGCUCCCGCUUCUAGACUACCCACCCCUCCAUCCCCGUCCCCGUCCCUUGCCCUCUAUCUAAGAUUAGGAGCCUCAGAAGGGAAGGGGUGUCACUGGUCACCUUGAUGAAGACGUUGUGUCUGGCUCCUGAUGGAGAUUAUCUUGACAUUUACAUGAACACGUACUCGUAGGUAUGUCAUGUGGUUGAUGUAGUGUAGAAGGCCUUGUCCUAUGGGUCUUGGUUCAAUUAGCUGAUCUACACCCCCUAAUGGUGUCUCUAAUCUGUCUUGCAGGUGUACGUAUGGGUGGCAGGGUCCAUUCUGUGACAACUGCCUGCCCUACCCAGGCUGUGUCCACGGGACCUGCGUCAAGCCCUGGCAGUGCAGCUGUGAGAAGAACUGGGGAGGCCUGCUGUGUGACAAAGGUGAGACAUUAGAGCAGACCAGACCUGGCCCACCGUACAUUUAACACAUUCGCUACAGUGACCCCUGACCUCACUGUAGUGUCACAGAGCACAAGGUCACCUCUUAGAGCCCCUCAGCAGCAGGUGGUCAACAGAGGUCAGUUUAGAUUGACUACUAGGAGCAGGAGAUCACUUACAGAGUUACAAGAUGGAGAGGAGGAUGGAGAGACUACAUUUAGCAAUGUGUAACAGUACAGAGGUAGGAUCUUAAUUUGAGCUAGUUUGCUACAGCAGUAAAAUAGUCCUGCAGCAACAGGAAAUGUUCAUUGUUUUGUGGAUUAUAAUUAAUGGACAUUUUUUGUAGGGGUUGAUACAUUUUUGAUUAGUGCAAAUCGAGUCUGACAUUUUGUGGAAAUUACAAACUUUAGAAGCCCUUUAAAACCUUGAAUAGACAACAAAUUCCUGCAACAACAGGAUGAACAAAUUAAGAUAUGGCAUCUGUAUGCCUUCAUGUCCGACCAUAUGAAGUCUUGUUAUAACAAUGUAUUCGAUCUGAAACAUAUUGUUUACCAUCUUAAUCCUUUAGAUGUGUUCAUAUGAGACCGUUAACAUGUAAAUGUAAUCCUUCCUAUAUCAUUCUCUCCAGAUCUGAACUACUGUGGGACGAACAAGCCGUGUAAGAACGGAGGAAGGUGUAUGAACACGGAGCCAGAUGAGUACAACUGUGCCUGUCCUGACGGCUACUCAGGCAAAAACUGUGAGAUAGGUGAGUCAGUCAUUACGCCUCAAACAACUGAUCAAAGAUCACAAAUUCAAUUCUGUCAGUGCCAAUGUCCUAGGGUUGAUAGUUUACUUGUAUAUUUUGUUGUGCAAUCCAUGUCAUCCGUCACUUUGACACAUCUCUCUCCCCAUGUCUGGCCACUUAUCUCCAGCGGAACACGCCUGUGUGUCUAACCCCUGUGCCAAUAGGGGCACCUGCCACGAGGUACCGUCUGGGUUUGAGUGCCACUGUCCUGCAGGCUGGGCAGGGCCCACCUGCGCUAAAGGUGAGUGAGUCACGAUCUUGCCCCUCCCAAAGUGUGUGUGUGCCUCCAUGUUUUUACAAAGCUGAGCCCUAACAUCACUGUGUGUGUCCCAGACAUGGAUGAGUGUGCGUCCAACCCCUGUGCUCAGGGUGGGACCUGCAUCGACAUGGAGAACGGAUUUGAGUGCCUCUGCCUCCCACAGUGGGCUGGGAAGACCUGCCAGAUAGGUAAGCCUGGAAUGGAGAGGUGGUGGGGGGGUCUGUACAUUAGCCUAUCUUUCAGACUAGAGAGUUCUGCGGGCACAGCCUCUGCCUGGGAAACUGGAGCAAAGCAUGUCCAAAUGUGGAGAAAAUUAUGUCCUGGGGAGCAUCAUUUGAGUUUGCAUGCUAAAUUCAAUUAUGUGUUUGAUUUGAAGUGAAUGUGAUAUGUUGUGAUGUGUUAUUGAAUCUUGACUUGAAAUGUUAUUGAUAUUGCCUUGUUCGAUCGUAUGCCAGGAAUCUCUGUGCUCGUCCAGUAUCAGGUUGUUUGUGUCUCUCACCCUGUUGAGCCUGUACUAGUACUAUGGCGUGGAUACUCAUUUGAAAUGGGUGCAUGCAUGUCCAUGUAGAAAGCUGGACAUGAUGUGCAACCCGAGCCAGGUGACUUAAGUAAAGCUAUAAAUAACACCUAGCCUGGCAACUGCUAGCCUUGGGGACAGAAAUAGCCUGACAGGGGGUUAUCUUUGGCUACAGACUGGGGUAAAAGGGGUUUGUACUCUAGUCUACACCAAGAGCAGAGCCUCACCCCAACACCACUAUUUAGCUCCGUGGAGUAGAAAGUGGAGCGGAAACGCUUUAUAACCUGUAAACACGCUGAGGGAGGAACACAAGCUCCAUGUCUUGUGUUACGCAGUCCGUUAUUCUCAGCGCGCAGGUGGUUCCCCUUUCAGCGAGCGAGUGGUACCUGAGAGAGGGGUGUCAGGUGUCCGCAGCCCAACAGGUGCUCCUCACUUCUGAGGUAAAGCAGUUGUGUUCUGGUCAGUCAAGGGAGAGGGUGUUAGUGACCAUCGCCUUGUGAACUGACCACUGGGAGAGCUCUGAUGUCAGAGAAUAGGUCCAUUCAGAAAUUGUGUAGGGAACUGAAAGUAAUGGUCAGGAAAGGAGGCAGAGCCAGCGAAAUGGAUGGCAAAAAAUGCAAUAAAAUUCAACUGAGUUGAGAAAGUUCUCUAAAGGCAGGUGUGUAGCCUUGCACUGUAGAGAUCUGCUUGGUGGUGGGGCUUGAAUGCUGGUUCUUAGAUCUUUCUCUGUCCUCUCUCUCUCUCUCUCUCUCUCUCUCUCUCUCUCUCUCUCUCUCUCUCUCUCUCUCUCUCUCUCUCUCAUCUCUCUCUGUCUCCACUCUGCAGACGCUAAUGAGUGUAUGGGGAAGCCUUGCCUCAAUGCUUACUCUUGCAAAAACUUGAUUGGUGGAUAUCACUGUGCCUGCUUUCGAGGAUGGGCCGGCCAGAACUGUGACAUCAGUCAGUAUCAGUCAAUCAUGUGCCUCUGUCCCCUUUGCCUGCAGCUAGCUCUGUCACCUACCUGGGCCACUGGCCACUCCGGUCUGUUCCUAUCUCAGGCUCUCAGGCUCUUUCUAGCUGCUUUAUUAUGUCCUACAAAUACUUAUCUAGAUCCAUGGAUCGUGUUUUUACAUGACUAUGAGAAGCACAUCCUGUAGAUAUAUUUGAAGGUUUUUGUCGACCUCACUGGCUUUAACUGCAUGCACUUUAACCAACAGCAUCGUGUCUUCCUGCACCUUGAGAGUUUCUUUGAAGUAUUAACCAAGUUGCACAUUCUAUGUUUUGUUUGUGUAUCACAUGCAUGCCACCCCUGCAUGUUCCCCUGUCCUAUCUGUUGACCUGUAUUAGUAAGUUAUCUCUUUUCCCCUCUACAGAUGUCAACAGCUGCCAUGGACAGUGUCAGAAUGGAGGGAUUUGCAAGGUAGGAAACUGUAUUCAAUAAGGCAAUCUAGCCACCAUGUUUGAUGCCCUCCAUUCAUAUUAUAUCUAUGGUUAACAUCAUGGGUAUGAGUGACAUAUCUUUUCCUUACGCUCCGUACAGGAGGGGCGAAGAGGCUAUGUGUGUGCCUGCUCACUGGGGUUUGUGGGCCGGCAUUGUGAGAUCCAGAGGAACAGCUGUGCCAGCGGGCCGUGUAGGAACGGGGGCAGGUGCCACACCCUGCUGGACGGCUUCAUGUGUGAGUGCCCACAUGGGUACACUGGCACCACCUGUGAGGUGAGCUAUAGUCCUUUCCAGACCUUCGACAAGUCAGAUCUUCUCUUUUAUACAUAACCAUGAUCUAUUUCUACAUCUGUCUAUCCAUUCAUCUACCCUUUCUUCCAUCUGUCCAUCCGUAGGUGCAGAACAACCUGUGCAGCCCUGACCCAUGCCAGAACAAGGCCCAGUGCCACAGUUUGAUGGAAGACUUCUACUGUGCCUGUCCUGACGACUAUGAGGGCAAGACCUGCUCUGAGCUCAAGGACCACUGUAAGACCAACCCCUGUGAAGGUACAAACCAAUCUAUAAACCUAUUGUUGUCAUCAUAACUCAAAGAACUCAACCCAUUGUAAAAGUACUAACCAGGCAGUUCUCUUGUCUAGCCUAAACUGAAACCUGCUCUUAAGCUGCUCAGUCCUCAGUUCAACCUCAAGAUCAACCCUCAUUUCAACCCAAUCCUCUCAGGUCUAUCUCACCAACAGUUUCUUGUCGUUCUUUCUGUUUUGAUCCCAGUGAUUGACAGUUGUACCGUCGCCGUGGCCACCAACGACACACAGGAAGGGGUGUGGCACAUCUCAUCCAAUGUGUGCGGCCCACACGGACGCUGCAUCAGCCAGCCUGCUGGGAACUUCACCUGCUCCUGUGAACCGGGCUUCACUGGAACAUACUGUCACGAGAGUGAGCAGACACACACCAUCAUCAUCACACUUCAUCAUCAUAAUCAUCACCAUCAUCAUACCAUAAGACUUAACAUCCUGGUCCUUACUGUAACACACCAAUGACUUACUGUAUGAGUAUCAUCAUCGUCUUCCUCAUCAUCCACAUCCUCAUUCAUACGUCUCUCCUCCCUCACAGACAUAAACGACUGUGUGCCGUCUCCCUGUAAGAAUGGAGGAACCUGCAUUGACGGGAUCAGCUCUUUCCAGUGCUUUUGCCCUGACGGCUGGGAGGGCACGCUGUGUGACAUGGGUAAGUGUUUGUGUGCGUGUAUGUGUCCCUGGGUGGUUUUAAUGUACCUCUCCAUGGUGUGUGUUUCUCUAACUGAUCCCUGGUGGUUGUGUUCCAGAUGUGAAUGAGUGCAGUAGGAACCCCUGUAAGAACGGAGGUCGCUGUGUGGACCUGCUCAACGACUUCUACUGUCAGUGCCAGGACAACUGGAAAGGCAAGACUUGCCACUCACGUGAGAGCCAGUGUGAUUCCAGUACCUGCAGUAACGGGGGGACGUGCUUCGACCACGGGGACACCUUCCGCUGUACCUGUCCCUCAGGGUGGCGGGGCAGCACCUGUAAUACAGGUGAGAAACCAUUAUUGCACAGAUUUGCCUAUGUCGUUCAAGGAAAAGUCCAAUAGCCUGCUCUGGUCCGUAGGCUCCAUAGGAUUCCUAUUGCUUAUACAUUUUGUGAAAAGUAGUUUCUAAGCUCAUCAUACUUUAUUUAUCUUGUCAGCCAAGAACAGUACGUGUGACUCUAACCCGUGUGAGAAUGGAGGGACCUGUGUCGGAGCAGGUGAUGCCUACACCUGCAUCUGCAAGGAUGGCUGGGAGGGGCCCACAUGUGCUCAGAGUAAGGCACCAUUUACUGAACUAUUUCCAGGUUAUAAUCAUAAACUAAGACACUGAUUGUAAUUAUGUGUUAUCCCCUCUCUUCACAGAUGCUAAUGACUGCAACCCUCAACCCUGGUAAGUUGAAUUAAUUAAAUUAACCAAAGUACUUGUAAAAGUAUUUUAAACCUCUUGGAUCCAGUACUGGUUCUAUUACAAGUGCUGGCACCUGUUUAUGAGACCAAGCCUUCUUAUCCCAUUCCUUGUACAGUCCCACACACACCCAUAUUAGAUCAUAAUCUCUCAGUGUUCUGGUUUUAAAACAGGAACACAUGACUCCCACACACCGCUCAUCUCACAAAUCUAAUUUAAUGCUCAGAGAUUUCCCAUUACAGUUUGUUCUAUGAAGUUGUGUGUGUGAAAGGGGAAGUGUGUGAAUCCCUGACUCCUCUACAGAACUGUGCAGGGCCUGACAGCUGGGUAUUCCAGGGUCCCGUGGAUCAGAGGGACUGAGUGGACAAAGGCUCCCGCCACCACAAUGACUGACAGGGGGAUUAGCACAGGGGGGUAGUGGGGUGGAAAGAGACGCCCCUCGCCCUAUUCUUCACCACUGACCCCUGAGCAUGGGGCAGUGUAGGCAGGAGAGGGGGGCUGGGUAGCAGGGGGUAUAGGGCGAGCACAGUAUGGGGUCAGUUUGGGAUUUGCAUAUGAAGUCUGGACAUUGAUAAGGGAUCAGCUUUAGUGACCACAGUCUCUAGUCCCUUGCCUUGGAAUUCUGCUGCUGGGAUCUAGACCUGAGAAUGUGAAGGCCCUAUUGUCUUUGUAGUCUGAGCCUUCAGGCUUGUGUAUGCUGCUGCACCUGCGCCAAUGUUUCCUAUGGUAUGGGCUGACGUAUUGAUGUGUGGUUCUGUUUCCUUCCUCCAGCUAUAACGGUGGUGUCUGUGUGGAUGGCGUGAACUGGUUCCGCUGUGAGUGUGCCCCGGGAUUCGCCGGACCAGACUGCCGGAUCAGUGAGUCCCUGGGAACCAGAGGGGUGUGGGGGGUCAGAUUGGAGGGGUCAGGGGUGAAAGGGGACAGGGGGAGUUUGAGCUGAUUGUUUGUGAGGGACAGAUUAGGAAGCCUUUAGGAAGCCUGUCUUAACCUCCGACCUCUCUUGUGAGGAGAGGUCAGCUGUAUUCUGCAAACAGGUCAGUUCAGUCUGACAUUCUCAGGGACAAUCCUCUUUCCUUUCCCCCUUUUCAGAGAGGGUCUAUUUUUCACGUGGGGAUGCCAGACAUGAGAACCUGUUGUGAUGAUAUUAUAGCUAGGUACCUUGCAGUAGACUAGAGAUAUGUGUAUAGUAAGGUCCUCUUGUUUCCCCAUCAGACAUAGAUGAGUGCCAGUCAUCUCCCUGUGCCUAUGGUUCUACCUGUGUGGAUGAGAUCAACAGCUUCCUCUGUGUGUGUCCCCUGGGCCGGGCUGGGCCUCACUGUCAAGAGUGUGAGUACACUGCAGCUAUACACUCUUUAAAAAAAAGGUGCUAUCUAGAACCUAAAAGGGUUCUUCAACUGUCCCCAUAGGAUAACCCAUUGAAGAACCCUUUUUGGUUCCAGGUAGAACCCUUUUGGUUCCAGGUAGAACUAUUUUGUGUUCCAUGUAGAACCCUUUCCACAGAGGGUUCUACCUGGAACCAAAAAGGGUUCUCCUAUGGGGAUAGCCGAUGAACCCUUUUGGAUCCCUUUUUUCUAAGAGUGUAGAGAAAAUACCUUUAUUACUGUAUCCAUGUAGCGGGUAUACUUUCUUCCAUUGACCUCAUGCGUGGAAGGAAGAGUUUCUAAGGACUGACCCUGAUAUUGCCUUAGUCCUAACCCUGCUCCUCUCUCUCCUCUCUGCAGUCAUAGGGAUCGGGAAGGCCUGUCGUUACUCUGGCUUGCAAUUUCCUCACGGCAGUCGAUGGGAGGAGAAGUGUAAUACCUGCCAGUGUGUCAACGGCAAUGUGCGCUGUUCUAAGGUGAGCAUUGCAUGCUUUUAUUACAUAUAGUGAUGAUGUGUGUGUGUGUGUGUGUGUGUGUGUGUGUGUGUGUGUGUGCUGCCUCCCUGACCUCUGUUUGUGUAUGUACAGGUACGGUGUGGCCGACGGCCCUGCCUGCUCCGGAGAGGUGCUCCCGGUCCAGACAGCAGUGCCCCGUGUCCUGGAGGACAGGAAUGUGUGGAACACCAAUUCCUCACCUGCUUCGCCAAGCCCUGCCACCAGUGGGGCGUGUGUUCCACCCCCGACCCCCCUCUGCCCCUCCACACCCAGUGUGAACCCAACAGUGGUUACCUGGACAACAGCUGUGCCCGCAUCACACUCAUCUUUAACAGAGACAAAGUUCCACAGGUGAGUGCACGUCAUCAUCACCUGACUGACAUUUAAUGAGGUAUUUAAUUUAAAAAAAGAUAAGAUCUCAUUUGCAGAUGUUUUUUAGUAGACUUGAAUCUCCGACAACACCUUCCCCGAUCCUCUACCAGAGAAUUCAAGUGAAUGGAAUUAGCUAGGAGCUGGCAGUCACCUCAGCCGAAAAUGCUAAUGGCUAUCUCUUAUCAUUCUUUGUGUGUGUGUGUUUGCUAAUCAAAGGGCACCACUGUGGAGAACAUCUGCUCGGAGCUGAGGUACCUUCCCAUCACCCAGACCCUGGCUAAAGAACGCACGCUCCUCAUUCUCUGUGACCUGUCCUACUCCAACAGUGACGCCGUGGAGGUUGCCAUGGUGAGUACCUCACCACCCCUAUCCCACCUCAGCCCCCCACCUUCAGACUCUGAGCUGUUGCCAUCUGCCAAUGGUCCCCGCUUACCUCCUCCUUACCUCCCACUGUCGCUUGCAAGAAUAGUCACUCUCCCUUCUCUUUUUCAGUUAGCCCUGAGGACCUCACCCCUUUACGUUCUUUCUUUCACUUUAUUAAAUCACACACUUAAUUCGUCAUUGUAAAUGGGUUCCAGAGUAGACUUGUAAAAUUGGAGCCUUUUCUUUUCCUCUUUGUAAAAGUGGAGAGCCUUUUGAAGCGCAACGUCCUUUGCCUGAACAUCUGGAUGACAUUUAGCUUUACUUUGGUACACCUUACUGUUACUGUGGCAGUCUUACACCUUCAUAGACUGGGUAUAAGGCCUUCUCUUCUCUGUCGUCUCCUCCCUCUCUCAUCUUCCUCUCUCCUCCUCUCUUUCUUUCGUCUCUCUUUCUCGCGUCGGUCUCGCUCUCGCUGAUCUCUCUCAUGCUCUGCAUAUCUCUCUCGAUCUGCCGUAGAUCUCUCUCUCUCAUCUCUUCUCGACCUUCUCUCUCCCCCCUCGUCAUCGUCCUCUCUCUCUCUCAUCUCUCUCUCUCUCCCUCUCUCUGGGACUGGUGUGGCCACCCAGGCUCUCCUCUCCAGUCAGACACAGGGGAAAUGAGGCGCUACAGGGCACUAAGCCCUUAAUGGAGGGGAUUAGGCCUUUUCUUGUGAUGUAGUCAUGUUAGGGGACAUACAGGAAAAGGAGUGGUGCGUCUGACGUCCUAGUAGCUUUGUACUGGGUUCAAUAAUGAAACUCCUUAGACCCUAUCAGGCUUGUGCUUUCUUAGACCAUUAUGAAAUAGUCUUGAUCUCAACAUGAUCAUGAAAUCACAUCAUUUCAACAUAAUAUGAGUGUUGUAUUGUGGAUCUGGGUUUGGCAGAUUAGUCCCAUCCAGUUGACUCUAUGUAUCUGUACAGAUAUUCUAUAGCGACCCAGAAACGAUGAGUCCUCAGUAAGAGGCCUGUAGUCCACUCUGAAGCACAGAGGCUGUUAGAUGUCAGAAAGGGGUGAGGAGCUGUGUGUCACAGUUUGUGUGUGUGUGUGUGUGUGUGUGUGUGUGUGUGUGUGUGUGUGUGUGUGUGUGUGUGUGUGUGAAUGAGCUGCUGCUUACCCAGAAUGAAGAAAGAGGAGUGUUGCUGACUGACUGACUGGCUACUGACUGACUUACUGACUGACUGGCUACUGACUGACUGGCUAGCCAGGGAGCACCAGGGAGCCACAUCUCUGCCUGUUCUCCAUUGUUCCUCCUAAUUGAAGUGCACAGCAUCCAGCUAAUCUCCCUCUGCUCCUCCUGGACUCUCUGGUCCACUUAUUAGGCAAUUAACUACACCCACUGUGUGCUCUACCGGGGGGGGGGGGAUGUAAGAAGUUAGUGUGAAUGUAGGAGUGAAUCCCUCUAUCCUGUUGUGUUGACUCACCAUCUCUCCUCCUUUCUCCCUCUCCUCCAGUCGUAUGAUCAGGAUGGUCAGGAGCGGAAUGGAGACCGUGGUCAGAUCCAGGAGGCUGCCAGUGCCAUCGUCGGUGCCCUGUCCAAACGCCACAACAGCACUGUCAUGCUGGCCGUGGUGGAGGUCAAAGUGGAGACGCAGGUCAUGCCCCAGUCUGUGGGUAAGUGACCGGACUAGACUUGGGUUAACUGUCUGCAUGUUCUUAUACUGUGCUUCGAUUAGGUAGCAUUUCAGUACAUGAUAGUAAAGUAUAAUUUUAUGGACUUUCUGUCUCCAGACCACCUGGUGCCAGUGCUGUGCGUGGUGUUCAGUGUGCUGUGGAUCUUCUGUAUCGUGGUGUGUGUGUGGUGGACCCGUAAGAGAAAGAAAGAGCGUGAGAGAGAGUCUGCAGCGGAGGACAGCACCGUCAACAACCAGCUGGAGCCGCUGAGGGUCAGCCAGCCACAGCACAAAGACAACCGAGACAAAGACAUUCAGCACGAAUGUAAGAAACUCAUGAGCCCUCCAGACCGAACGUGUGACGGGGCUGAGGAAGAAGAGGAGGAGGACGGAGAGGAGGAGGAGCUGAGGAGAGGAGGGAUGGAGCUAGACAAGUGCUCCACCCAAAAGUGCUCCUUGGCAGGAGUGCAGGACAAAAUGAUGGCCAAAGGGGGAGUGAUCUGUACGAUGCGUAGUGCCCCUGUCAAACCACCCCACCGGACAGCGUACAGCCCGAAAGACAACCGGUGUAAAAACCUCAGCGCUGCCAACGUCAGCGAAGACGUCAAAGACCAUUAUGUAUGAGCACGGCCUAGAGAUGGGACCUCAAACUAAAGACAAUGUCUCCAUCUAAUAGAAAAACAUAAACACCAACAGUGAAGAUUUCAGACACGUUUUACAUUUAAUUUGACAUCAUUCUUUGUCUGCAACAUGGAGGCUUCUUACCUACUAAAAGCAUUGCAAAUGAACAUUUCAGCAACAAAAAGAGACCUGAAUUUCAGUUGAAAUCACACUGUUUUUUUUUUGUUUACAAACUGUCGCUCCCUUUAAAGGAUGGGCUCUUUUUUUCACAGCAUGUCACUGAGAAGAUUGUGUAUCAUGUGACUUUGGCGUGAGCACUGCCAUUGGAGGACUAUGGAGAGCCAUUGAAUGGCAGCUGUCGUUGUACUACUACAUUACUACUAGUGCAUUUAGUCCAUAUCUGCCUUAACCCGCACUGUGGGCCUUUUCUUUGUUCUCUUGGUAUAAUAAUGUCAUUUGUAUAAGUAAAAUGAUGUAAAAUGUUAUAUAUAAGACCUUUGAAAGCUAUAAGCAGCAUAUAACACCUCAUCAGCAUUAGUUUAUAAACAUAAACAUAUUUUCCAUGACAUGUCCAUGCUUCUAAAGAUUUUAUGUACAGUAUAUCCCUUUAACAUGCAUUUUACUCUACCACUUCCUGCAAGCCUAGAUGCUUUAUUAUUUCACUAUUUGCUUUGGUAGAAAGUGCCUUCAGCCCUUCUUUAAUUAUUUCAUCUCAUUCAAAACAUUUAUCCAGAACUUAAUAAUUAAUAUGAAGGGAAAAUAUGUCCUUUCACAACUUUUCAUAUCACCAUAAAGGUUUUUCUUUGAACAAUGUAUAUUUGUAAAUAUAAAAUGGCUAUGUAUAUUUGAAUUUAGUAACUUAAGUGACCCUUUUUAUUAUAGUUAUUCUAAAGAAUAAGAUUGUUUUGUUUGUUUUUUAUGAUGUCAUUCCGUUUUAUUAGUGUCCGUUGACACAGGGCUGGUUUUAUACAGAUUUAUGGACAAUAUCAAGGGUCCCACUUACAGAAACAAAUUAGCAUUGACAGAAACAAAUUAUUAUAAGUGCUUGUUUGUUUUGCUUUAUGAUUUAUUACUUAAAAUUGUGAGUGAGCAGAGCUGUUAGUUCUAGUUCUAGGCUUGUCCUUGUCUGCUGCUUUAGUAGGAGCUAUCUGUUGGGAGUUUCCCUAAUGAAUGCUGGCUCCCCAUCUCCCUUUCACUAUGCUACAGUAUGUGAACAUUAGAAUGUCCUUUUAUAUUGCAGGGGUGUACCAGUGCAUGGAUGGGUUGUGUUUAUCUGAAUCAGAAACAGUGCUAGCAGGCUUUCAUCAUUGUGAUUUAGGUCGGAAUCAGGAGUAACUACAAUUCAAUUCAAGGCCAUUAUCAGAUCAAUCCUGUGGUUUAAUCGUUGUCUGGGAUGGAGCCUGAUGAAUACACUGCUGCUUUUCAGGAGCACUCAGUUACCAAGCCCUGCAGUGGUGCACC